UUGAGAAUUGCUAUGAUUUCACCUAGAAAAAGAUUUUCAAUAUUCCCUUAGGGGCCUAUAUUGGAUACUUUAUAAAACUAAGUCAAAUGAAUUUGGAUUUUGCUAAUUUCGAAGAAGGUGAACAAAAGUCCAUUAUAUGGGGCACCUGAUAUUGCUAAUUGAAAUCAUUUAAGUUUGUCACUUGAUAGUCCUAAAUAAAAUUAUUUCGGUUUUUGUACUUUGAGGUAAUGUGUCACGAAAGCUCCAUAUGAUGGCCAUUUGGUAGUGUAGCUAGAUUAUUACAUAUGAAAUGAUUUUGCAUUUUGGUGCUUUUAGGCGAAGUAUCUCCAAACCUCCCGAUGCUGCUCUCACGAUAAUGACACCCGUGUGGUAUAAUGAGGCAUCACGACAACCUUAUUUUCACGAUUAUUUUGAAAAUCUGGACCAGGUGGACAGAUUAGCAGUGUAUGCCUGUAGGAUCAUCGAAGACUUCCGUGGAGUUUUCUUCCUCCGACCAAGCCUAACAGAUCCUCAGGCCCUUACUCUUACAGUUGUACUGGAUUGUAAGAACUUUCGCCAUUUCCGGGUAUCAGUUGACAGAAACAAAAAAUUCGUUUGCUGCAACGGGCGACAUGAGGCGUUCCCGCAUAUCAGUGCUUUAGUGGACUAUCAUCGGCGUCACAGCUUUCACGAACCUGACGGUGCCUUGUCAGGUCUCAAACUGACAUCUGCCAUUUUGCGUAAAGGUAUCACCGAAGAUAUGCUAAGACACAUAUUGCGCAGUGAAAAUUCUCCUGUGAUGCAGGUGAUUUUGACUCCAUUUCAGGACACCCAAAAUCCAACAACCAUGCCGAUAACAUCCAUUUUUGAGGUAGUUUUCAAAGAAAGCGGUGCUGAAUCAUCUGUUGUUAGUGUGACAAAACUGCCCAGUCCUUCUAAUAACAACAGGCCCCAGCAUGUAGCCAUGGGGGAAAGGCCGUCUCACGGGUCAGAAACGAGAGUACCAGAAGGUCGGGCCCAGAAGGUGGAUGCUGGUCUAUCACUCAGGCAAAAAAUACCCCCGCCAGUUGCUCCACGGCCAACACGCAGAUCUUGCCACGUUUUUGACUGCGCCAAUACUUCCUCAGGUGGGGAGGGAAACAUUAUUUAUUCGGAGCCCAUUCCUAGUGAUAGGAACCGUGUACCAGACCUCAUUUUCAACCUGCGCUUGGAUGAUAAGCGUCAUGCACAGAGGUGUCACUGUGGAAUUCUUAUCGAAGAAAGUGUGAUGCCCUUAAACUGGACCUUGCACAGGGAUAUCGCGACCGGGAAUGUCUUUUUUCAAAACGUCGAUGGGAGCACACUAUGGGAUAUCCCAGAUGAAAUCAAACCCUUUUUAACAGAGUCUCAGGGAUGUGUCAUACAGAAGUACAAAUAGCUUAAAUGACCUGAAUUAAUUCAUAGGUGGGUUAACGCACAGUUGAUCGUAAAAUGAUCAAGGACAUGUUUAA